AUGCCACUACAGAUGCAAAGAAGUCUUUCACGACUCAACCGCAUGGUUGGAGGCUGCGGCAGCGGUGGAAGAUACUUGCGGAUAUGUGGGUUUUUCGCUGCAUCACCUGUUGGUAACCGCCGAGCAAAGCAUGCUUGGUUACCAGCAGAUGAUGUGAUGCUUGUCAGAGUUUGGCUAAACACGAGUAAGGACCCGAGUACAUCAAACGAGCAGAGACGUAGAGCCUUUUGGGGAAGGAUUGCGGAUUAUGUAUCUAAAUGUCCGAAUGCUGUUGGUCGACCAAAGAGAGAGUCAAGUCAUUGUAAGCAGCGGUGGGGUAAGAUCAAUGACACUGUGUGCAAGUUCGUUGGCUGCUAUGAAACUGCGAUAAGGGAGAAAUCUAGUGGGCAUAAUGAAGAUGACGUUAUGAAGCUAGCACACCAGAUUUUCUUCAAUGAUCAGAACGUCAAAUUUGCCUUGGAGCAUGCAUGGCGAGAGCUUAGAUAUGAUCAGAAGUGGUGUGCUUCCACAUCUUCUAAAGGGAAUGGAGUCAAAAGGACACGAGUGUGUGAGGAUGGUUCUGCACAUCCUUCAACCUCCGAAGCUCCCAUUGAUGUUGAGGAUGAACCUAUGCAUCGUCCUACUAGUGUUAAGGCUGCGAAAGUGUUGAGAGGAAAGGCUAAGAAGAACAUCAACACUAAAGUGGAUGUAGAGGGAGAUGCUAAAGCUUUGUUGGAGUUUCAGAUGCAAGAGGUUGGGAGGAUGUAUGAGAUGAAGCAAAAGGACUUUGCUUUGAAAAGAGAUGGAGUUCACUAUGAAAGAAAAACUUUGCUUUGA